AUGGCGACCACCAUAACCCUCAACCCACCAUCAACCACCGUGGUAGACCACCAGAUUCCCAACUCAACUGUCCUCUACAGGUUACGUCUUCUGGGCUCUGAACUCAGCAAGGCCUUACCAAAGCACCUGAAGAUUAAGGUGCCGAAGAGAAAGAGAAAACAAGCCUCAGCCUCAGCAUCUUUAGGAGUGGAAGACAAACUGACAUCGUCUCCAGCGAAGACAGAAGAUAAAAAAGAAGAAGAGAUCAUCCAAAUCCAAUCACCCACCUCAUUAAACUCAACAAAGUCCACUGACCCCAGCUGCUUACCUCUGAGGAAUAUUCUUGUACUAAAAAGAAAACAAGCUUCACCAAAAGGGCAAGCACUAGAGGGGAAACUGCCUUCUUCUGAAGAAGAAGCAACUCAAAUCCAACCUGCAAUGCCAUCAAGCGCAACCAAGAUGACUAUCCUCAGCAGUUUUAAGCUCAAGAAUGUUUUUGUACUGAAAAGAAAACAAACUUUACCAUCAAAAGAACUCGAGGAGAAACUCCCUUCUUCAGAGGAGGAGGAGAAGGAGCAGAAGCCGCUUUCUUCUUCUACAACAGAGGAGAAGGAGGAGCAGAAACUGCCUUCUUCAGAGGAGGAGCAGCAGAAGCCACCUUCUUCAGAGGAGGAGGAGCAGCAGAAGCCGCCUUCUUCUUCAGAGGAGCAGGAACAGGAGCAACAGAAACCACCUUCUUCUUCUACAACAGAGGAGCAGGAGCAGCAGAAACCGCCUUCUUCUAAAACAGAGGAGCAGAAACCACCUUCCUCUACUUCAGAAGAAGACCCAUCAAACUCAACUAAGAUGACUCUCCGCAACUGCUUACCCCUAAAGAAUAUUCGUGUACCCAAAAGAAAACAAGCUUUACCAUCAGAAGGACUCGAGGAGAAACUGCAUGCUUCUUCAGAGGAGGAGAAACUGCCUUCUUCUACAGAAGAAGAUGCCAUCCAAACCCAACCCCUCAAACCAUCAAAAUCAACUAAGUUGACUAUCUCCAGCUGCUUCCCCGUCAAGAAUAUUCUACCUAAAAGAAAACAAGCUUUAUCAUCAGAAGGACUUGAGAAACUGCCUUCUUCAGAAGAAACCAUUCAGAGAGCACCUUCAUCAUCAGAGCCAGCUCCAACUGGCAAUGACAAACUUUUGGCCCUCCAGUAA